CCGGCUUGGCUGUUUUUCUUCUUCUUUUUAUCUUGCUUUCGGAGACAACGUCUUAGGCGCAACUCAGCUGGGAGUUUAAGGUUGACCGCGAUUCUUGACACGACGUCUUGCUCCUCGGUGGGAAACAAAAAAUAAAAGAUAAAUACCACGCCCACCCGCGGUUGCCGGCCCCGAUGUAAACGUUCGGUUCCAUUUAUUUUGUUUCUUCAAUGCGGUGAAUUUUAAUUUGCGUUACUGGAUCCAAUCGGGCCGCAAUUUGCCCACUUUUGUUCGUGCCUUGGCUACGCGAAAACCCAAUUGAAAAAUACGAGCCGGGAUGUCGGUCGCAAAGUUUACCCAGCACCUUGGAACGGCACCCGAGGGUGCUCCCGUCGGCAGCGAGACGUCGAAGCCAAAAUCCAGACGCGUCAAAGCUUACUGGGCGGGAAUUGGGCUGGCUUUAUUAUGGUGGGUGGGUGUCAAGCAGACACAUUUUAUUCUUUCCGAUGCGACAGCGAAGGUCAAUCCGGACGAUUCGUCUACUAGCCGCCAGCAACACAACAUGAGCUUCCAAAUUUCUUGGGCAGAUAUCCAGCCCAGCACGACGUUGCGGUGGCAGGAGUGUUACACGGGGCAGUAUGACUGCGCUCGAUUGGAUGUGCCGAUGGACUGGCAGAAUCCAUCCAGCGACCGAGCUGUCAUCGCAGUCAUCCGACUAAACGCAACAAGCCACACAGACUACCGUGGACCCGUGUUUUUCAAUCCAGGGGGACCUGGUGGGUCGGGUGUUUGGUCCAUGUUGGAUCACGGUCAUCUUCUGCAGAAGGUGAUAGGAGAUAACCAUGACAUUAUCACUUUCGAUCCCCGUGGUGUCGGCGCCUCGACCCCUCUGAUCAACUGCUGGCCGACCGAUCAACAACGCACUUUCUGGAGUCUUGGCGAAGUCGGGGUCUCUGAUUCGCACCCCGACGUGAUUUACGAUGAAUACUACCGCGCCUACGCCACCUCUCAGGCCUGCGAGGCCAACAUGGCCAAGUCAAAGAUCCUUGAGCACAUCAGCACGGCAUCCCACGCUCGAGACAUGCUUGAGAUACUGCACCAGACCGGUGAGGAUAAGCUCAAGUACUGGGGCUUCAGCUACGGAACCAUUCUCGGCGGAACCUUUGCAGCCAUGUAUCCCGACAAGGUAGAGAGGCUUGUUUCUGACGGAAACGUCGACCUCCGAGAGUGGUACACGCACGUGCACACAAACUUCCCCCGCGACGCCGACAAGGUGAUGCAGGCCUUUUACGACCUCUGCGCAACCGCGGGUCCGUCAAAGUGCGCCUUCCACUCCCCGUCGCCCGCCGAGAUCGAGCAGCGUCUCCACGGCCUCCUGGACCGCCUGCGCAAGAACCCCAUCAUCAUCCCGGCCAAGACGGACCAGGCAGCCGACGGGCCCGAGAUUCCCCAGAUCGUGGACUACUCCAAGCUCCGGCGAUACAUCGCCUCGGCGCUCUACUCGCCCCUGUACAAGUUCCCCGACUUUGCGCGCGUCCUGGCCGCGCUCGAGAAGGGAGACGGCCAGCCCUACUACAAGGCCACCUCGGCCGGCGUGCCGCCGCUGUCGUCCUUUUGCCAGGCCACGCCCGUCGAGCCGGGGGCGCCGCUGGCCGCAGUGACGGAGAGCACGGCCGAUGCGUUCCCCGCCAUCUCCUGCUCCGACUCGGAGGAGUGGACGGGCACGGUGGAGGAUUUCGUCAAGGUCGGCGACGAGAUUCGGAACCUCAGCUGGGCCGUCGGGGCGGUCGACACGACCCUGCGGGCGCAGUGUGUGGGGAGGAAAGUCAGGCCAAAGUUCAGAUUUGCUGGACCGUUCGAGGCCAAGACGCACCAUCCCAUCCUCUUCAUCGCCAACAUGGCCGACAACAUCACGCCGCUCGUCAGCGCCCGGAACAACUCCCAAGGCUUCGAAGGGUCGGUGAUUCUGGUGCAAAAAUCAUACGGCCACACCAGCCUGUCGUCGCCGUCCACCUGCACCGCCUCGUACGUGCACCAGUACUUCCAGAACGGCACCCUCCCGGAGCCCAACACAGAGUGCGACCCUGAUUACCUCCCGUUUGACAACCUUGACACGCCCAAGAUUAAAAAGUAUGCCAACGGAGGCAUCGAAACAAAAGAUUAUGACCUUUCGGAUUCGAUAAAGCAGCUUUGUGGCAGGGCUGGUGCGAGACUUGGGUAGCGGCCUUUCUGAGCAUUUGCUUAUUGGUUAUGAUCGUUGAGGUUGAGAAUUCGUUCAUUUGUGCCCGAGGCAAAACCGGUACAUUUAUUCCGCCUGAUAAAGUCACUACACUUAUAUACGUACAUAGAAGGGUCGACUUGUAAUAGAUCUUAGCACUUGUUCGCAA